AUGUCUUGCAAUGGGCAAUUAGUAAAUGUCUUAUUAGAUACAGGAGCCAGCACAUCCUACAUCUCACCUCGGCUUCGUUCCCAUGUCACAACCGAACAAGUUGUUGGUAGAGAAGUAGAAACCGCUGGUGGUCAUUCAAUCGGUAUCUAUGCCCGUGCUUCCUUUGAGUUGAGUGUUGUCAAUGGCUGUGUCAUCCCUUGGCGUGCAUAUGUGCUGGAUACAAAAUUCGAUCUCAUCCUUGGUCAAGAUUGGUUCAAGGCUGUAGAACCGAUUCCACAUUGGCGUUAUGAUAGCUGGGAAAUCAAACAUCACGGCAAGACCUUCAUCUUGGAGCCUAGUCAAGUUCGUCCCAUCCCAGAGUUAGCAUACUUGAUCUCACAGCGUCAAGUGCAACGCUACUCACGGCGAAAAGAGAUCUCUGAAAUGUUCCUCUUGUUCACUGCAUCGACUCGCAAUUCAAACGGUGAUGUUGAUAACGACGCAUUCAAGGCAAUGAUCAAGGAAUAUGGUGAUGUGUUCCGAAAUUCACUCCCAGGUCUUCCUCCAAUACGGCAAGUGGAACAUGUCAUUGAUACUGGUGACGCACCGCCCAUCAACAAACCACCUUUCAAAAUGAGUCCACGAGAACUUGACGAAUUACGCAAACAGCUUGGCGAAUUGCUGGACCUAGGAUUGGUGCGACCAAGUGCAUCUCCUUGGGGAGCUCCGGUUCUGUUUGUGAGGAAGAAAGAUGGCAGCAUGAGGCUAUGCAUUGAUUAUCGAGCCAUUAAUCAAGUGACCAAACGUAAUGGCCAUCCUUUACCAAGAAUCGAUGAAUGUCUGGAACGAUUGCGUGGUGCCCGUUUCUUCACAAGUAUCGAUCUCAAGAGUGGCUACCAUCAGGUGCGAAUCCGAGAGGAGGAUGUCCCUAAGACUGCCUUUAAUACUCGUUAUGGAUCAUACGAGUUCCUGGUCUUACCCUUUGGUCUCACGAAUGCACCUCCAACAUUUCAGCGUUUGAUGAACUCCAUCCUAGGCGAGUAUCUUGAUAAGUUUGCUUUAGUCUACCUUGAUGACAUUCUCGUUUUUAGUCGCACACAAGAAGAGCAUAUCAAGCACGUUCGACAAGUAUUGGAAUGUUUGCGCAAGGCCCAGUUGUAUGCAAAUUUGAAGAAGUGUGAAUUCAACAAGCGGGAGUUAGAAUUUAUUGGCUUCCAUGUCAGUGAUCAAGGCAUCUUACCUUCCAAAUCCAAGGUGGCUGCAAUCCAAUCAUGGCCUGUGCCAACGAAUGUUCGAGAGGUGCGACAAUUUGUUGGACUUGCAUCACAUUAUCGGCGCUUCAUCAAGAGCUUCGCAAGUAUCGCAGCUCCUUUAACUGAUCUCACUCAAGGUACGGGGCAUAAGUUGCGUGCCAUUGAAUGGAGCGAUCGUUGUCAAGAAGCUUUUGAUCACAUCAAGCGGUGCAUGUCGUCAGCUCCUAUUCUCAUUGCUCCCAAUCCGGAUAAGCCAUUUGUUGUGGAAACCGAUGCGUGUGAUUUUGGAGUGGGUGCAGUCCUUUCUCAAGAAGGUGAUGAUGGGUUGAUGCAUCCUGUGGCAUUCGAAUCGAAAAAGUUGUCACCAGCGGAGAGGUCGUAUCCUGCACAAGAGCGGGAAUUGCUUGGAAUUCUUCAUGCACUACGAACAUGGCGUUGCUUCAUCGAUGGUCGUCCCUAUGUGGUAUACACUGAUCAUCAUCCUUUGCGCUACUUCCGAACACAAUCCAAACCCACAACAAGGCUUACAAGAUGGAUAGCUGAGCUUGAGCUUUACGACCCUGAGAUCCGUUACAAACCAGGCAAGGAAAAUCAUGUCCCAGAUAUCCUAUCAAGACGCGAUGGCCCUCAAUGUACAAGUACAAGUGCCGAUAUGGAGCCAGCUUACCUUUACACGGUGACUUCGGUUCAAGAAUCAGACUGGCCCAAGUUCUAUGCAUUCCCUGAGGAACGGCGCCCUGAAAUGUUGCGCGAUUUGUUGAACAAGCACAAGAACAAGUUUGUCGUCCGUGACAACAUGGUAUUCAGGCUGAUGAAGGAUGGCGACACAACUCGUGAAGUGCGUUUUGCUCGUUUUGCUGUUCGUGCCGAUUUGGUGGACUCUUUCCAUCGUGGUUUUGGACAUGCUGCUGGCAAGAAUAUUGUUCACUUGGUCAAACGUCAUUACUGGUGGCCGAACAUGGAACAAGACAUAAAAGAGUGGGUUGCUUCGUGUCCUCAAUGUCAGCUUGCUCAAAACGCCAACCGUGACGUGCAUCAUGCGCCCAUGCACCUGACUGAUGUACCACCACCAUUCUCACGAUGGCACCUGGAUUUCAUUGGCGAGCUUCCCACAACACCAAAAGGCAAUCGCUGGAUCUUAGUGGCAGUGGAUUAUGCAACAAGUUGGCCAAUCGCAAGAGCUGUCCCUGAAGCUACUGGAGAAGCCAUUGCUAAUUUCCUUUAUGAGGAAAUUGUGAUGCGUUUUGGAUGCCCACACGAGAUUGUUACUGAUCGUGGUGCAAACUUUCAGUCCAAGGUUCUCGCCAAUUAUAUCGCUCGCAUAAAGCUUCGACAUGUCCUUACCUCCGCUUAUCAUCCACGUUCGAAUGGCAAAUGCGAAAGAACCAACGGCAUAUUGAAACAGAUGCUUCGUAAAUAUGUCAAUGGUGCUGUUAAUCACUGGGACCAAUAUCUGGAUACUGCUCUUUUUGCCGCUCGAAUCCGCAAACAUCGCACAACUGAUAUGAGCCCCUUCUACAUGGUGUAUGGCCAAGAUCCAGUGCUCCCUGGUGAUCCUCUGAAGCCGUUUAUUGUUCGUGACCUCUCCGACACAAGCUCACAAUCUCUCAAAGAAGCUCGUUUGCCAUCACUUCAACGUUUACGUGACGCUCGUGCCAUUGCCAAGGACCGUACAUCGAAAGAUCGUCAAGCUGAUAAGGAUCGCUGGGAUUUCCAUAUGCAACAUCAUGUAUACAAAGUUGGCGACUUAGUGCUAAUGCGGCAUGAAAAUCGUGUCAACCUGGAACUGAAUUGGAAGGGACCCUAUCGAGUGGUUGCUUGUAACCAUGACACUGAUACCUACAAAUUGGUUGAUAUGUGGAACAAGCCAUAUGAUUCGUGGGUGCACACUGAUCGCCUCAAGCCUGUCAACACAUCUUCAAAGCCUUCUCAACCAUGGUAUGAUCCCACUGCAAGUCGUGCCGAUAAUCGUCAUCAACCAUCUUUUUCUCGCCCUACCGCCAAACACGAUUGGAUCGAGGACGACCAAUAA